CUCAUGACUGUCUACCUUCGCUAGCUUCACUGGGCAAGUCAUCGUGUGCUUGCUAACUAGCGGAUUCUACAGUUUCGUUUGAGUGUAGCGUAGCCAACUAGCUAGUACGGUAAUCGGUUAGUAAUAAGACAAGUUUAGCGAGCUAGUGCAGCACCACCAUCUUAUAUAUGUUUUUGCCGUUAGCUGUCAUUUUUAAAGGGACGCGAUCCAUAAGAAUGUAAAGUCAUCUAGAUUAUUACAAGGUAACAUGCUAGCUAGCUGGCUAGAAACAAAUUGACCACACGUUACCCAGACAGGUGCACCUCAAACUUACUGGUGCCCGGCUACUUUUGUGGUCCUGUCUAGAGGGCAGGCGACUUGACUUAAACUAGCUGGGCUGUUGCUCCGCUAUGCAGCAGACGGUAGUUGUGAUGGCAAAGAGGAUCGCUGACAAGGAGCUCACGGACAGGAACUGGGAUCAGGAAGAUGAGGGGGAAGAGGCGGGGACUUUCUCAGUGGCGAGCGAGGACGUGCUGAAGAACAGGCCGAUCAAGAAGGCCAAGCGUCGAACUGCCGGCACAGAGGGUGACGGCGGGGGAUCCUUCAAAGGGUUUAAAGGGUUCUCCCUAACCCCGACGUCGGCAGCCGGAGGAGGGACCACAGGGUUUUCCGGCUUCGGGAACGGAGCCGGUUUCAAGGGCCUCAGCGGUCUGACUAACGGGAACACUGCAGCCCCCAGCUUCGGGGGCUUCGCCUCGCCGGCUGCCAGCACGGCCACACCUGGUUUAUUAACAUUCAACGGCCCCGCCUCCACCAAGCCUGCAUCGGGUGACAUCACAGGCAAGCAGACCAACGGCUCCGCCCCCAGCUUGGCUCAGAGCUCAGGCUCCAGCCGCAGCAGCAGCAGCAACAAGGAGUACAGCCGGCAGCUCACAGCGCUCAACUGCUCCGUGCGGGACUGGAUCACCAAGCACGUGAACGACAACCCCUUGUGCGACCUCAACCCCAUCUUCCGGGACUAUGAGCGGCACCUGGCCAGCAUCGAGAAGAAGUACGGGGGAGGAGGAGCAGGAGCAGCGGACGGGGGCUCAGAGAGCAAGGCGCCAGGGGAGAAGCAGGGGGGGCUCCUGCCAGCCGGCGCCAGCGCCUUCCCCUCCUCCGGCAGCACCCUAGCCUCCACGCCAGCCUCCACGCCGGCCCAAGCUUUGUUCUCCUUUGGCAAGGACAAGCCGGAGAGCGCCGCCCCCCCGGAGAAGAGCUCCCCCGCCGUCCCCGCCGGCAUCACGUUUAACUUCGGGCAGAAGGUGGACAGCUCGGUGCUGGGGUCCUUGGGGUCCGGCGGGGCUCCCCCCAGCUUCUCCUUCUCCUCCACCACCUCCUCCUCCACCUCCAGCCCGGGCUCCCUGUUUGGGGCUUCCAGCAGCCUGGCCGCCCCUGCCCCCUUCUCCUUCAGCGGGGCAAAGGUUGAACCUGUCCAACCUACAGAAGACAACGCGGACGAGGAGUCUGACGAGCCGCCCAAGCCCGAGGUCCGCGAGAUCAAAGAGAAAGACGCCUUCUAUUCCAAAAAGUGCAAACUGUUCUACAAGAAGGAGACCGAGUUCAAGGAGAAGGGCGUGGGCACGCUGCACCUCAAACAGGCGUCCGAGGGCAAGACCCAGCUGCUGGUGCGAGCCGACACCAACCUGGGUAACAUCCUGCUGAACAUCAUGGUGCAGGCCUCCAUGCCCUGCUCCAGAAUGGGGAAGAACAACGUGAUGGUGGUGUGUGUUCCCAACCCGCCCGUGGACGACAAGAACGCCAGCAGCCCCGUGCCCAUGCUCAUCAGAGUGAAGACCACAGAGGACGCAGACGAACUGCUCCAGAUCCUCCAGGAGAAGAAGGCCUGAGCCGCCCCACCCCACCCCCAGGACUUCAUCAGCCCCGAGCCCCCACCAUCUCCACCACCCAGGCCAUGGUGUUUCAGCCCCUUCCCCUCUCCUCCUGUCCCCCCUUUCGCCCCCCAAAAUCCCCCGUCCCCCCUUGCAGUGGCCAGGGCACGGCCGGUGAGGCCUCAUAUUUGUACUCAUGGCGGUUUUAUCUUCACACACACACUUGUACUAGACUUACACACACACACACACACACGCCCAUGGAAAUCAACAGUUUUAUGUGCAUGGAUGUACAGAACAAAUUCAGUUUGUAAGUUAGAGAUUUUUUUUUUUUUUUUCAUCAUACUGUGAAGUGGGUCCUGCUUCAAUGCGAGAAGUUGUGUGAAGCGUAUUUUAAGUAAAAGAGAAAAUUAAAACGUGAUUCCGGUCACAGAAAUACA